UUUAAUCCUAUUUUUGUGCGAUUUUUUUUAAACAAACUUUUUGUUUAUGUUUUUAAAAUGAAAUUUUUUCAGAAUUAAAUAUUUUUUUGAUAAUAUUGAAACAUUACUUAUAAAAAAUUUACUAAAUCCCGCAAUGUCAGCGCACAGAAAAAUAACUACUUUAAAGGAUAUUUUCCCAGAAAUAAGAAGAGAAUAUAAGCGAAAUUUUUUGCUCGAGAAUAAAAUUAAAAUUAGAGAUUUACAGAAGGAUAUAAAAACCCGGAAACAAAAAGAAAUCGAGCAGCAAGAAGAAACAGAAAAACGAAGACACAAAAUACAUGAACGACUUACAAGAAGUACAACCAGAACAUCUAACUCUACUCCUAUGAGUAAUAUGAGUAAUGUGAAUUCCGUAAGAAGAUCAAAAUCUAAUCAUUCACGUUCUACAAAAAUUCAUACUGAAUGUACUUGUGGUUCGAAAUUGAAAUCACCUCCAACAAGCGCUAAGUCAACUACUUCAAUUGAUAAGGAAGUUCAAACAGAUUACUAUCCAGAAGAUAUAAAUUUUAAACCUAAAGAAAGUCCAAAAGAAUUUCCAAUAUCAAUAGAAAACAAUGACCAAAAUGAUGUUGAUAGUGACGAAUUAAAGGAUAUAAAUGUGGAAGAAAAUUUAAUUGAUCCAGAAAAACAUAUUGAAUUAGAUGGAAUUGAAAUCGAUUCGGGACGAAGUUUUCAGAGAAUGAUGAACGGUCGUGAUCAAAGGCUUGAAUCUGCAUCUAAUCCUUUUCUUUGCAAAGACAAAGUUGAUUAUACGAAACCGUAUCACGAGGUACCAAAUUCAGCAAAUUGGAAUGAAAAAUUUAAUCAACUGAAAUUAGAUGAUGAAAUUUCUGUAAAAAGUUCUGCUAUUGGGAAAAAGAAAAGUGCUCGUUCAAUUAUGUCGAGCACUAAUACCGGUCGUAGCGAUCUUAAGUUACCAAAAUAUCUGGAAAAAGAAAAACGUGAAAAAGAGUUACAGAGAAUUAAAGAAAUGGAACGGGAUCCAGAUUGCCCGGAAGGUUAUACACUUUUAGAUGAAAAAACUAGAUUAGAAAAUCUUGAAGUUUUACAAAAAGGAUUUCAAUAUUUGGUAAAUGAACUGAAUCGAUUGCCAAUGACAAGUGUAACACUAAGAGUUAAAAAUAGAAAAAAUGAAAUUGAAAGAGAUCUUGUAGAUUUGGAAAAUAAAAUACGAUUUUAUCAAAAAUCAAAAAUAUAUAUAAAGUGUCCACAAACAGCGGACGCUUAGAGACAAAAAUUUUAAUAUUAAAAUUUGCAACUAAUACAUUCCGUCCAAGAAUAUUAACUAUAUGAUUAUAAUAGAUAGAUAUUAAUAAAUAUAUAAAAUUAUUUUGUAAUUGAGUCAAUUAGG